AUGUCUCUCGGCAAGAAGGUCACUCUUAACACCGGCGCUCAGAUUCCCCAGUUGGGAUUUGGCACCUGGCAAUCUGCCCCCGGCCAAGUUGGUGAGGCCGUCUAUGAGGCCCUCAAGGCUGGUUACCGCCACCUGGAUGCAUUCCCUUCCUCAAUUGCAAUGUCGGAGAAUGAACUGACCGUCCCCUUCUUGCUUAGCUACCAGAACCAGCGUGAGGUUGCCGCCGGUAUCAAGCGCGCCUACCAGGAUAUCCCCGGUCUGAAGCGCGAGGACCUCUUCAUUACCUCCAAGCUGUGGAACAGCCAGCACCGCCCCGAGGUCGUUGAGGCUUCCCUGGACGGCUGCCUUGCUGAGUUGGAGCUGGAUUACCUUGAUCUCUACCUCGUUCACUGGCCCGUUGCUUUCCAGAAGGGUAACAGUUACUUCCCUCUUGUCGCUGGCAGCACCGUAGAAGGUGGCGAUGUUGUCAUUGACGAUGGUGUGUCCAUUGUUGACACUUGGAAGGCCAUGACCAAGCUCCCCAAGAGCAAGGCUCGGGCCGUCGGUGUUUCCAACCAUACCAUUCCUCACCUCGAGGCUAUUAUUAACGGUACUGGCGUUGUGCCUGCCGCCAAUCAGAUCGAGCGUCACCCAGUCUUGCAAAGCCCCGAUCUUAUCGAGUACUGCCAGAAGAAGGGUAUUCACGUUACUGCUUACUCCGCCUUCGGUAACAACAUGCUUAACAUUCCCCUCUUGAUCACCCGCCCAGAGGUGAAGGAGGUCGCUGAGUCUGUUGCCAAGCGCACCGGUACCGCCGUCACUGGUGCUCACGUUAUCCUUGCCUGGUCCCAGGUUGGAGGCCACAGCGUCAUUCCCAAGUCCAUUACCCCCUCGCGUAUUCAGGACAACUUCAAGGAGGUCGAGCUCACUGCUGAGGAGGUCGCCAAGGUCAACGUUCUGGGCAAUGAUCGCAAACGCUACAACACCCCUUACACUGCUAACAAGCCUCGCUGGAACGUCAACCUAUUCGGCGAGCCCGAGGAGCAGCCUGCUGAUCACAAGGUGAUCCUUUAA